GUAGCUGAUAACUGCCGCUGACAUAUAAAUUUGUAUCUAACUGAUGACCAGCAUCGGAGUACCGAGGCAGGAAAAAUGCCAACAUUGGAUAUGCCGAAAACACUGAAUGUCUUGCUAUUAAGAGUAGAGUUAUUGUCAAACUUAAUGAGGAAAAAUAACCGACGAAAAGCACUGUUGAAAAGCUGUUGCAAGAGUAGUCGCGGCAUGCCGUACAAUGGCAGGUGAAGCUGUUCCGGAAGGAAGCGGAGAGACGUUCUGGCAAUAUUAUAACGGUCAUGCUGCGAAACGAGGAAAAACGGAGCCUGUACACAGGCAUUUUUCUCAAACGUUAUGGGCUCUCACAGAUGUGAUCAAGAACAAAUACAGCUGAAAGCCUUAUCUUACUUCGGUAGAGGGUACGAGUACACCGACGUUAUAAAAAGUACUAGAAGAAGAAGAUAUAACCCCGUUGAACUUUAUACCGAUCGGGUCAGAAUUGAUUUGGACCUGCCCAACUGAGUGUGCGCAAACUAGUAUCUCUUUUGAGAAUUCGUGUCAACCUGCGAUCUUCAUUAAGAAGCACAAGGGAAUUAGUUAUUUCUGCACAUAGAUCUUGAGAGACGACAGCAGCAAAAAAUAAAAAAAAAACGUUUGGAAAAAAUAUGGAAUCCACUGCUCAGAACAACCAGCUCGAAUUGGCCGGAGGCAAUGAUGGUGAGUCCAAGGGAUAUUCAGCUAGCCAUAAUCAGCUGGCACCGUCUCAAGGACCAUUUUCCUCUACCAAGUCGGCUGGUAGUAAAAUGACCAGGGCUCGUAAGUCCAAAGCUACACCAAAGCCGGGAAUCCGAGAGCGAGUCAUCCAUUCACUGGCUGUUCAACCACUCUCAAAGUCAGAUUUGAGGUCACGGCUAUCGAAAGAGGGAAUAUCUAGCUCCGAACAGGUAACCCUAAUUACGUAUCUCCCGGUGAUUUCAACAUUCGAGGAUAAAUUGCACCACUUAAAAGGCCAUGUAUGGAAGGAAGUCGACGAGAACUGGCAAUACUAUACCGAGGAAGAGCGGGAGAAGGUAAAGCUGAGGAAGUGCGCUAAUAUUGCUUCAUUAUUGGCUAGACCUGACGAGACCGCCGCAGUUAAUGAGUCUGAUAGGAAUGAGAUGCUUAACCAACCUCCAUCUGCUGGGGGCAAUGAAUCCCACACUGUUGAAAACAGUUCCAAGCGACUUCGAGAGGACCUUCCCAUACAAGAGCCAAAAAAACGGAAGCUGAGUGAUUCAGAUAAAUCAUCUCAGACCCAGAAACAUUUUGUUCGCCCUAAAUGCCAGAACACAAUUCCUCGUAGUUGCGUAUUCACCGAAAGCCUUCAACAAGAGCCGAAUCAACAACAUAAUAACAAUACAGAAAGUACGGCCGGCAACAAAGCAAACAUGAACGGAUUUCCUUACAGACACAACAUAGUGACAUCUGCUGAAAUGACAACUUUCCAUGAACAACGAAAGCGUCCGGCAUUGUCUUUAAUGAACCCGAAAUUACCUAGUCAGACCAGAGAUAGUGGCAUUAGCUUGAUGUCUUCGGACGCUGAAAAGCACUCCAGCUUAACAGCCAAAGCUCGUUACACAGAAGAAAAUGGAGUCGGCAACAGAUUCGAACACCCGAAUGCACCAAAAGCAACCGUUGGCGUACAACAGGAGCAACCACAGCCAUACCAACUUCCGAAAGAAAAAGAAGUAGCUGAGUUUCUAAGGUCCUUGAUGUCUAGGAACAUCGGUUAUCAAAAGACGGAGGAUCUUACUGCCUAUGAAAUACUAAGUAGGAGAAAUCCGAAAUAUGCUUACAAACUUCCAGUAUUAAAUGCCGGCGAAUACCCACCUAUUAGGGAAGAUUGGCAAAGACUUUCUUAUAGGUCAAAGUUCAAAAGUAUUGAGGGCGAGUAUAAGAGUCUACAUUCCGAAAUCCAAGUUUCAACUUCGAACUUUUGGCGUCUGCGUAAUAGAUUCAUGACUACUCAGCAACACAGUAGCGAAUUCAAGGGUAUUGCCGAGCGUUUCCAUGCCUGUUGCCUUCGAAUAAUUGGAGACGAAGGACUAAUAAAACGAGCGCGAUUAGAUUAUUUGCAUGAAUUACGGAAGCAUUUAUUUCUACGUGUCGCUGAUAGCGAAAACCCAACAUUGGCGGAUUGUGCAAGGCAGCAGGUUCACAGAAUUCAAGAAGAGCUACGAAUGAAUAUUUGCAGAACACCAUUUAUGAUUUUUGAUGCGCGGGCUUGGUUGACAUUUUCCGCAGAAACUGCAAGCUAUCAGAGAUGUCUUUGCCUACUUGCCGUUCAAACCAACAAUUUCAAAUUUUUAUAAACCAUUUAUUAUAAUUAAUUUCAAAAUAUUUUUUUUUUUUAUUUUACAGUUUGAAACAAUGGAGUCCUAAACGAGGGUUGCUCGAAACACAUGCCGACACUGCUGUGAUGAAGGCAAGCGAUAUGUAGAUUCUUAUUAGACAGCAGUUGAAACUGAGGUAAGCUGUGAGGAUCACCUGGUGCAGGGCGGUCAGUAAUUAUGCCAGAGAAGGACACGAGCGGCAGGUAACAAUUCGUCGUGUCAAGUCAAGGCAGAAUAAUUCAGUGCAACGAGUUGUGAGGAGCUUGACAAGGCCUGCGAUGUUGUUAACAGCACUGGAAGGAGUGGAAGUGGCAGGGCUUCUUAAGGCGCAAACACACUUUAAGCCUGAUUUUCAAUUGAGUAUUUACUUUACUGCAGCACGUAGGUGUCGAAUAAGAUUGUUUUUUAUCGCACUGUAUUCUUGCAUUUAUUAGUAUUUAAGUAAAUAGACAUAAAA